GCCUGUCCUGCCUCCUGUUCCUUCCACGAGGCCUCACCAGUCACAUCGUCACGUUUUUGACGCACUCAACAUUUGGACACGGCGGUGUCUUCGACGAUUUUCUCCGGGUUCGUGUUCUUCAUGAAAUGGACAUGUAAAUAUUUGUUUUUGUAUCCGAGUGCAUCCCAUCAGCAUCAUAAACAUCGUCAUCUCCCUCAAACCUUCUCGCAGUAAUCCCGCUCAAUUUCUGCAUUUCUCUCUCUCGCCCUUCGGUUUCAUCGAACCUUGCUUUCCCAAAAACAAAGGUAUCUUGGAUUUUCAGAAUGGCUGCUAUAGCAUUUCACCAAGCUAUUGGGACUCUUCAUUCCCACGGAUAUCUAAACUACUGUAGCUUCAAUCAAGAGCAUGGGCAUGUUUCAGUGAGAUUGAUCCCAAGGAGUUUUAAAAUUGACAAUGGACUGUCAAGAAGAAGUUAUUGCCCCACUGAAAGAGGUUUUGGUUUGAUUCAAGCCUCAGCUGCUCAUACUUCUGUGUUUGAUCCAGUUGCAUCGCCAACAAAUAAGGGCACUGAUGAUUCCCAUAAGAAAGCAAAUGAAGCAGCUUUGAUCCUGAUUCGGCAUGGUGAGUCUCUGUGGAAUGAAAAGAACCUAUUCACAGGUUGUGUUGAUGUGCCAUUGAGCAAGAAGGGUGUUGAGGAGGCAAUUGAGGCUGGCAAGAGAAUCAGCAACAUACCAGUUGACAUGAUCUAUACAUCUGCUCUGAUUCGUGCACAGAUGACUGCUAUGCUUGCCAUGACCCAGCACCGUCGCAGGAAGGUGCCAAUCAUCAUGCACAAUGAGAAUGAACGAGCAAAUGCAUGGAGUCAAAUUUAUAGCAAAGACACGAAAAAGCAAUCAAUUCCUGUUAUAGCUGCCUGGCAAUUGAAUGAAAGAAUGUAUGGUGAACUGCAGGGUCUCAAUAAGCAGGAAACGGCAGAAAGAUAUGGGAAGGAACAAGUCCAUGAGUGGCGUAGGAGUUAUGAUAUACCACCACCCAAUGGCGAGAGUUUGGAAAUGUGUGCUCAGAGAGCUGUUGCUUAUUUCAAAGAUCAUAUUGUACCACAACUUUUGUCUGGAAAGAAUGUGAUGAUUGCUGCGCAUGGGAAUUCAUUGAGAUCCAUUAUUAUGUAUCUUGACAAAUUAACUUCCCAGGAGGUUAUUAGCUUAGAACUAUCAACUGGCAUACCUAUGCUUUACAUAUUUAAAGAGGGAAAGUUCAUAAGGAGGGGAAGUCCAGUGGGACCCACUGAGGCUGGUGUUUAUGCCUAUACUAGGGGGCCUAGUGUCCAUUUAUUACAAUCUUCGACCCUGUUUGUUUAAGUUGAGGGGCAACCGAAGCACACUUCUGCAAAUGCAAGCUACUUGAAACGCAUGGAUGCUUUAUGGACCUUCAGGAAGCUGGUUACUGCGUCCUGGUUCACUCAAGCUUAGUUCAAGUGCGCUUAGUUCAAGUGCUUGAUCCCUGUUUCUUUUUAUUGUUAUUAUUAUAUUUUGGUUUCAAUUGUCAGGUCUUGUGUCCGUGGCCGGUCAGAUGCAUGAGGCGUGAGAAGUUGAAUUUUGUGAUAUAAGGGAGUCAAGAAUGUAUUUUUGUGGACAUUUUCAAAUUUGCAGUAUUAUUGGUGAAUUGAUCAACACGUCCGUUGUGCAUUAUUUGAUAUGGAAGAGGCAGAGUGUUAGGGGUUGAUAGGAUGACCUCGGUUAAAUAGGGAGGCGAGAUGUCUUCACUUGCUCUCGCCAGAGAUUUUUAUACUGGAUGUUGAAUUACUCGGAUGAUGGCUUGUGUGAUUGUCUUGGUGAUUGAAUAUAACAACUAGUUCUACA